AUGGUUAGAAAUACAGUGUCUAAUCCGAAUGGGAAGACCGUUCACGAAGUUUUGGCACCAAUAAUACUGUUCGGGCAGUUGUUUUCGCUGAUGCCAAUCUCCAAUUAUUUCCAGGAGACUCCUGAGAAAGUCAGGUUCACCUUUAAAAGCGUUCGGUGGUUGUACUCUUGUGCUACUAUGAUUUCGAUAAUUUCAAUAAUUAUCUUGUUUUUGCUGUAUGUUAUUGAAACCAAAUCCUUUGGACUCAACACAACAGGGACAAUCAUUUACUAUACUGUUAUCAUUAUUGCUAUGAUAGAGUUCCUGAGCCUAGCAUUCAAUUGGCGUCGGAUAAUGGUCCAAUGGACAGAAGCUGAACGACCGUUCCUCUUUCCGCCUUAUUCCGAACGGGCAGGACUCCCACUAGAGUCACUGGUGAAACGCGUAGCUUUUACUGUGGCGCUGUUUGCAUUCAUCGAGGACACACUCAAUUUCAUUUCCGCUUAUAAACUUAACGAACUGCACAUAAAAUACUGUCCACAUUCUAGUGACUUUUGGUACAACUUUUUCCGCCGCGAGCAUCGCCAUAUCAUACGUAUAAUACCGUACCACCCGGUGUUGGGGGUGGUAAUCGAGAGCCUAAUGAGGGUGGCAAAAUUUACCUGGCACUACAUCGAUGUGUUUAUCAUUUGCGUCAGCCUACCGCUGCAGUAUCGCUUUCAGCAGUUUAACGAUCGAAUCGAAAGUUUUGAUGGGAGUGAGCAGCCGCGAAAUGUGUGGCGACAGAUUCGGCUGGAUUUUCUACGACUGCAUGAGUUGGCGGAUUUUCUGGACGUGAAACUAUCGAGGAUUAUUCUCAUGUCGUGCGCUAACGAUAUGUUCUUUAUUUCGGUGCAGCUGUACAAUAUAUUCAAUCCUAAAGCAACUCUAUUCACUACAACCUACUACUGGUACUCGCUACUAUUUCUCAUGAGUCGGUGCUUCAUCAUGCUUUACAUCGCCUCGUCGGUUAACGAAGCAUCUCUAAAGCCUCUUGCUCUGCUUAGGUCAUUCUCCACCUCCCAGUGGAACUUAGAUUUACAACGGCUGUUGGAUCAUGUGUGCCUCAAGAGUAUAGCAUUUUCAGGAAAACGUUUUUUCUUCAUAACCCGUCCCUUAAUAUUGGCAAUGGCUGGAACAAUCAUGACUUACGAACUGGUAAUGCUGGAUCAGGUAUCCAAGGACCAAGAUACCACAAAAGAUUGCAAUUUUUAAUACAACUCGUAUAUUUUAUUGUGCAUCGUCUUGGAAACAAGAAAAGGAAUGUGCGAAUUCGACAAAUACAUUGCUUAGUUUUCAAUCA